AAUAAUAAUAAUUGCCGUGGCUUUCCCGCAAUAAAGUCAGUUAAUCUGCCGCCGUUAUGCCUCUGCUCUGUGUUGCUGCUCAACCCUUCUCUCUUUCUAUCUCUAAAAUCUCAGGGCUUGGAUUCUACCCUUUUCACAAUCGCUACUCUUUGAUUCCAGGGAAUGGCUGGGGUGUUGAGUAAGGAGUCUGGAGUGGGUAAGUCUGUGGAGGGGAUUUCGCGUGCCGAGGAAGCAUUGGCGGGAUGGGGAUCUUCUGAGCAGGUGGAGAAUAGAAUCACAUCUACUUCUCCCCCUUAUUGGGACAACGACGAAGACGAUGGUGGACUAAAACCUUCCGAGUUAUAUGGGAAAUAUACAUGGAAGAUAGAAAAGUUUUCCCAGAUUACCAAAAGGGAACUUCGCAGUAAUGCAUUUGAGGUUGGAGGCUACAAAUGGUAUGUUUUACUUUAUCCACUAGGUUGUGAUGAACGCAAUCAUCUCUCGCUGUUUCUGUGUGUAGCUAAUCAUGACAAACUUCUUCCAGGAUGGAGUCAUUUUGCACAAUUUACAAUAUCUGUGGUCAAUAAAGACCCAAAGAAAUCAAAAUAUUCUGAUACAUUGCACCGAUUUUGGAAGGAGGAGCAUGACUGGGGAUGGAAAAAGUUUAUGGAUCUGUCAAAGAUGUCUGAUGGAUUUGUUGACACUUCUGACAAUUUGAUGAUAAAAACUCAAGUUCAAGUCAUCAGGGAGAAAUCAGACUGGCCUUUCCGUUGCCUUGAUUGUCUUUAUAGGAGGGAACUUGUUAGGGUAUAUUUGAAAGAUGUAGAACAAAUUUGUCGGCGUUUUGUGGAGGAAAGACGGAGCAAGCUUGGGAAGUUGAUUGAGGAUAAAGCUAGGUGGUCGAGUUUCUUUGCUUUCUGGAGUGACAUUGACCAAACAUCUAGGCACCAGAUGUCUAGGGAGAAGACAGAUGUAAUUUUAAAAGUUGUAGGGGAACACUUUUUUAUUGAGAACGAAGUCACCUCUACUUUGGUAAUGGAUUCCUUGUAUAGUGGAUUGAAGGCUCUUGAGGGCCAGACUAGCAAGAAAGAUUUGGUAAAAUUGUUGGAUUCUGAAGAAAUAACAGCACCUAUUGUCCGUGUUGAAAAAGACACGUUUGUACUGGUGGAUGAUGUUUUACCGUUUCUUGAAAGGGCUGCUAUAGAACCACUCCCUCCAAAAGAUGAAAAGGGUCCUCAAAAUCUUACAAAGGAUGGAAACUCUGGGGAGGAUUACAAUAAAGAUUCUAUGAAGCAUGAUGAGAGGCGUCUCACAGAAAUAGGGCGCAGGACUUUGGAAAUAUUUGUCCUUGCUCAUAUAUUCAGCAAAAAAAUUGAGGUUGCUUAUCAGGAAGACGUUGCUCUAAAGAGACAAGAAGAACUCAUUCCUGAAGAAGAGGCACCGAAGCAAGCUGAAAAUGAUCAGAAAACAAAAGGUAAUAAGUGAUUUUCAAGAAGCUAUCAUCAUCCCCUCUUUUUUCAAGAAUUAUUGUGAGUGAUAUAUAGGCUCCGGAUGUAAUAAGUGAUAAAUUUGCCUCAAUAAUAUGGAACUAUGGAAGUAACACCGAGGACACAUACACAUCAGAUAAUUUAUUGUUUUUCUACUGGAGUAUCAUAUAAAUUAACUUGUCCAUUGCAAAAUCAGCCAGUAGAAGGUUUGCAAAUGGAGUUAAGAUCCUCUCCAUUUCUCAAAAGAAAUGGAGAAUGCAUUUACUAAAGUAUUGGUGUAUGAAUAUAUAUAUUCUUGAAAUGUGUGACAUACUUUAUAUAAUUUGACUUGUAUUUAUUGAAAUCAUUGGUAAUGGUAUUCUCCAUUUCUCGAGAAAUGGAGAGGAUCUCAACCCUUGCAAAUGACUAGAAUCCAAUUUAUUGUACUUUUUAACAUUAAAA